AAGCCCUUUGGCUCAGAUCCAUGCCGCAGCCCCCCUACCGCCAUGCCCCGCCCAUACUGCCGAAAAGCUUCAGCCCAGCGGAGCUGGCGGAGAUCGCGGAAGGGAUCUUCCGUGAAAAUCGCUGGGAACGGGCCAUCCAGGCGCUGGAGGGCGUGAGCCGCGCACAGGCGAAGGAUCUCCUCCAGGAAGGAGCAAAGGCUUAUGGCUUUUGGCUUUUGCCUGAUGAAGCCCUAGAGGCCUUAGUGUCUCAGCUUUGCAGAGACUCUGAGCGCCCCAGCGUGGGCCUGGAACAAUGGGCUGGAGCUGCUUAUGGUCAGCCAGGGUGCAGCUGGGCCAGCGAGCAGACACCAAGGACACGAGCACCGAUGACGCACGCAGCGACCUUCGCGACCUCUCGCUUCGGCGUGGCCUUGGAGCCCUCGGGUGUGGAGGUGAGCCGCUUUCGCAAGGCGAAGACCGGCCGGCGGACCACGCAGGUGAAGCCGCUAUCGCAGUUGCCAGAUUGGAGAGGGCAUUUGGUAAGCCCAAACUAUUUGCGCGUGAUCAAGGGCGCUAUACACGCAGUGGUCUUCUUGGGCUGUGCUGCUUUUACGUUGGACCUUGUGACCAACAAGUACCCCAAGGCCAUCGAAACCUUCAGUUGGCCCAUCCUUUGCGCACGCCUGGGGGGCCUGGCUUGCGCGGUGUGGACGGCCAUCCUGUUCCUCAGCAUGUCCCGUGGCGCGUUGACCUUAGCAUCCAGGUGCCUACCGCGCAGAGGGCGCAGCUUUUGGUUCACUUUCCUUGAUUGCCACAAGGACUUGCAUAUCGCAGCUGGACAGGCCAUGGUUUUCUACUCGGCCCUGCACAUCCUUGGACAUAGCAUUGGCACAAUCCCGGGGAUCUUGCAGAGCGACGUGAAUGAGCUCAAUCAGCUCUUAGGCUGUGCGCAGGGCACCUCCGGGCCCAAUCUCUUCUACUGGGACCUCCAUGUGCUUCAUUGGCCGCCGUGUCCGCUGCCGGCAUCUGCCAAGCCCAAGACCUUCACCGACGCACUCUUUAUGACCAUGCCGGGCCUCACCGGUGUGCUGUUGCUGGUUUUAUUGGUGUUGGUGGCCCUGACGAGCCGACAGAAGUUCAGAUCCGAAAGGUUUGAGACCUUUUGGAGGUUGCACAACUUGGUGAUCCUCUUCUGGCCCAUUCUCCUCUUCCUGCAUGGCUCCCAAGGAUGGAGUGGCAUAGGUGCUCCCUUGGCACUCCUCGUUUGUGGCUUGCCGGUGCUGGUGUACCUCCUCAGCCGCUUGGUGCGACUGCUGCGCUGCUGCUUGCCAAGCCCAAGUCUGGUGCGGGCGGUGAUCCGCGGAGAGACGGAGGAAGGGAGCUUGGUGCAGCUGGAAGUGGCAAGGCCAAGGUGUUGGAGCUGGAGAAACACCGGCAUGUACGCUUUCAUUUGCAUGCCAGAGUAUGCUCCGUUGCAAUGGCACCCAUUCACAAUUACCUCCGGGGAAGAUGAUCACACCGUGAACUUCCUGAUCUCUGGCAUUGGUGAUUGGACCCAGGAGUUGUGCCGCCGCUGCUGCACAGGCCGCUUGCCACGCCUCAUCCUGGAUGGCCCGUUUACGGCACCGACCCAGACAGCCCUUGAGAAGCGAGUCUUGGUCGCGGUGGGCGCUGGUGUGGGAGUCACACCUUUCAUCUCCUUGCUCUCCACUUUGCUGGCGGAACUCACCUCCGGCCGCUCUCACCGAUUGGUCGAGGCUCACUUCUACUGGAUGACACGCGAUCCCACGGAGUUCAUUUUCGCCUCCCGCCUGCUGCGGACCUGGCUGAGGCACGAGAUCCUUCAGGCGAAGAUCUUCAUCCACCUCCACUGCACCGCCAAGGAGGUCCUGCAGAAUCUGCCCGCGUUUCUCUUCCGGGAAGCCGUGAAGCGGCAAUCGCAGGUGGACCGGCAUCACUUCAAGCUCCAUCUCGCACGAUGGCUGGACAGCUCGGAGGUGCAGACGCCAGGCCCGCAAUUCCCUUGGGCCUGGGCUGAGGGUGGCCAUGAAGACUUACUUUGGGUGCGCUGCCCCUCCUUCGAGUGCAAAGGCAUUACCUUCAAGAGCUUCACUGGUGCAGGCGGCACUUCAUCCAACGACCCGGAGCUCCUGGUGGAGCCCCCUGAGCUGUUGCCGGUGGUGCUGGGCCGGCCGAACUUCCGCCGCGAUGUGGCUGCCAUUGGGAAAGCCCGCCCAGACAUGAACGUGCACGUCUACGUGUGCGGCAAUGACGGUUUGGUUCAUGACCUGCAAUCCGUGUGCGAAAGCUGCGCCCGGGAGUCCUUAGCAAGGAAGCGCACGCCACUGCAGAAGUAUGUUUUGCACUACGAGCGGUUUGGAUGAGGCUAGCCUGGCAUGAAGAGUGAGCUACACGAGUCUCAGGAGCUAUGCUGCCGCCAUACUCUUGAGCUGAGGAUAAGGCAGCCCCGUUGGUCCCAGAAAGGAGAUGGGAACAGCUGUGGUGCCUCAGGCUGUCUCAGGCUGCUUAGUUUCUGGCCCAAUUCAGCUGCAGCUGAUUGCGUUUUUUUUCCGAAUUCAUCGCCUUACGAUUUUGGCGCUGCUACAAACACAGUAGCGCAAAGCAUGGGAAGCUGUACAAGAUGCUUCCCUGACAUCUAUUUCGCCUGGGAGGUAUGAUGAGCUCAUACCCCCACGUGGAAUAUCACGGAAUCUAUUGCAUGUCUCCAACUUGGGCGGGUAGGUUCUGAACAGAGCUGU